AUGUUAUGCUUUCGUGACUAUAUUAUAUUCACCAAGGUGAGGCCACUGUAUUUCAAUGGAGGAUGCGUGGGACGAUCUGGGCGACGUGUUUGCGAAUUCCAAGUCGAAAUUGAUUGGGAAGUCGAUUGUACCGACGACAAUGCCCGAGAACUGUGCGCAAGUGAAGAUGUCACGGGAUUUCCCACACUCAAGUGGGGCAGUGUCUUUGAUCUGCAAGAAUACGGAGGUCCUCGUGAUUUUGAGAAUCUCAAAAAAUUUGCCGACAAGAAUUUGAAGCCGCAGUGCAGUCCCACCCAUAUGCAGCUCUGCGAUAAAACCACACGCCGAGAAAUUCGGCGGUUGCAGAAAUUGUCAGUCACGGCACUCGACAAGGAAAUGGAUGACAAAUUGGAAGAAGUCAAUAAACUCGAACGCGACUUCCAGACGGCAGUGGCAGAUCUUGAAACGCAAUACGAAACUGCCACGGCACAGAGAGAUGCCGACAAGAAGCAACUCGGCUCUGGUGACCUGAUACUCAUGAAGGCGGUUCUAGCACAACGCAAGACAGAGUUGUAA